GAGAGCGAGCGAGAGCGAGAGAGAGAGAGGGGGGGGAAUUUACAGUCCCUAAAGUAGCUCGCCGCCGUGAUUAUGGCCCCCUCCUACCUUGUUGUUCUCACCACCUACAUUAGCAGCAGCUUCAUUUCCUACGACAAACGUAUCAUUGGUUAGGGGGAGAGAGAGAGAGAGAGAGAGAGAGAGAGAGAGAGAGAGAGAGGAGGGAGGGCACGCGUAAGAGCGGAAAUGAAAGGAGGUGGAGACGGAUUUCUUCCUAAAGCUGGAAGUCUUGAGAAAGUUCCCUGCUUAAUUAGGAAGUGCAGGGAGCUUGGCAGCUGGGAUGGUUUUGCAUUAUCUUUGAAGAAAUAUGUGGAGGAAGAAGCUCGGGAUCUCAGUGGAGAAGCUUUUUCUCGCUUCAUGGAUCAGUUGUAUGAAUCCAUUUCUGGAUUGCUAGAAAGUAAUGAUGUUGCUGAAAAUUUAGCAGCUCUACGAGCUGUUGAUGAGCUGAUAGAUGUGAAUCUUGGGGAGAGUGCCUCCAAGGUCUCAAAAUUCUCUAACUACAUGCGUAAUGUGUUCGAGGUGAAGCGUGAUCCUGAAAUACUGGUUCUUGCUAGUAGGGUUCUUGGUCAUCUAGCCAGAGCUGGAGGGGCAAUGACUGCUGAUGAAGUGGAGCGCCAGGUAAAAACUGCACUGGAUUGGCUUCAUGGGGACAGAAUAGAGUAUCGUCGUUUUGCAGCUGUCCUGAUCUUGAAAGAAAUGGCAGAAAAUGCAUCAACGGUGUUCAAUGUUCAUGUUCCUGAAUUUGUGGAUGCCAUCUGGGUUGCAUUGAGGGAUCCAACAUUGGCAGUCCGGGAGCGGGCUGUCGAAGCAUUGCGUGCUUGCCUUCGUGUAAUUGAAAAGCGUGAAACACGGUGGCGUGUGCAAUGGUAUUAUCGUAUGUUUGAGGCUACACAAGAUGGACUUGGUAGAAAUGCUCCUGUUCACAGCAUACAUGGUUCACUACUUGCAGUUGGUGAGCUCUUAAGAAACACUGGCGAGUUUAUGAUGUCAAGAUACAGAGAAGUGGCAGAGAUUGUUCUUAGAUACCUAGAGCACAAGGAUAAACUUGUUCGCCUCAGCAUAACUUCUCUGCUUCCCCGUAUUGCUCAUUUUCUGCGGGACCGUUUUGUUACAAACUACUUGACGAUUUGCAUGGAUCACAUUCUGGCAGUUCUUCGAAUACAUUCUGAACGUGCUAGUGGGUUUAUUGCUCUUGGAGAAAUGGCUGGUGCUUUGGAUGGGGAACUUAUACACUAUUUACCAACAAUUACUGUUCAUUUGCGUGAUGCUAUUGCACCUCGUAGAGGUAGACCAUCUCUCGAGGCUUUGGCUUGUGUUGGAAGCUUUGCGAAAGCCAUGGGGCUGGCCAUGGAGCCUCAUGUUCGCAGCCUUUUGGAUGCUAUGUUUUCUGCUGGUCUUUCUCCUACACUUGUAGAAGCCCUCGAGCAAAUCACCAUCAGUAUUCCCUCUUUGCUGCCUACCAUACAAGACCGCUUGCUUGACUGUAUUUCAUUAGCCCUGUCGAGGGCCCAUUAUACGCAGCCCAGGCCAGGUGUUGUAGCAGUUCGUGGAAGUAUGAUCAAUAACCCUCAGCAAGUUUCAGACCUUAGUGGUUCUGCUCUUGUGCAACUUGCUUUGCAAACUCUUGCUCGUUUUAAUUUCAAGGGCCAUGAACUUCUUGAGUUUGCAAAGGAUUCUGUUGUUGUAUAUUUGGAAGAUGAGGAUGGUGCGACCCGAAGAGAUGCUGCCCUAUGUUGUUGCAGAUUAGUUGCAAAUUCCUUUUCUGGAAUAGUGUCUACACAGUUUAGUUCUACUAGGUCAAAUCGAACUGGUGGAGGAAAGCGGAGGCGUCUUAUUGAGGAGAUUGUGGAAAAGCUUCUCAUUGCAGCUGUUGCAGAUGCGGAUGUUAGUGUUCGGGAGUCAGUAUUUUCAUCUCUCCAUGGAAAUGGAGGUUUUGAUGAGUUUUUAGCACAAGCUGAUAGUCUGAGUGCUGUCUUUGUUGCACUGAAUGAUGAGGACUUUGAUGUUCGAGAAUAUGCUAUCUCAGUGGCUGGGAGAUUAUCAGAAAAGAAUCCGGCGUAUGUUCUUCCGGCCCUUCGUCGUCAUCUGAUACAAUUGUUGACGUAUCUGAAGCAAAGUGCAGAUAGCAAAUGCAGAGAAGAAAGUGCUAAACUACUGGGUUGCUUAAUUCGCAAUUGUGAACGCCUAAUUCUUCCAUAUAUUGCUCCGAUACACAAGGCACUUGUGGCAAAGCUUAAUGAAGGCAGUGGGGCAAAUGCUAAUAAUGGUGUUAUCAAUGGAGUGCUUGUAACUGUUGGGGAGCUCGCUAAAGUGGGUGGUUUUGCAAUGAGGGAGUAUAUUCCUGAACUCAUGCCCUUAAUUGUUGAUGCUUUGAUGGAUGGUGCUGCUGUUACUAAACGUGAAGUGGCUGUAGGAACUCUUGGUCAAGUUGUCCAAAGCACUGGGUAUGUUAUUGCUCCAUAUAUUGAAUACCCACAGUUACUUGGUCUACUCUUGAAAUUAUUGAAUGGCGAGUUGGCAUGGUCUACUAGACGAGAAGUACUAAAGGUUUUAGGAAUAAUGGGUGCCUUGGAUCCCCAUGUCCACAAGCAAAACCAGCAAAGAUUGCCAGGAUCACAUGGAGAGGUUACACGUGCAGCUAGUGACACUGGUCAGCAUAUUCGGUCUAUGGAUGAGUUACCUACAGACCUUUGGCCAUCUUUUGCAACAUCUGAGGAUUAUUUCUCUACGGUUGCCAUCAAUUCUCUUAUGCGUAUCCUUCGUGAUCCCUCACUAUCAAGUUAUCAUCAAAAAGUGGUUGGAUCUCUUAUGUUCAUAUUCAAGUCAAUGGGCCUCGGUUGUGUUCCAUACUUGCCUAAGGUUCUGCCUGAUCUUUUCAUCACCGUUCGCAACUGUGAAGAUGGGCUGAAGGAGUUUAUAACAUGGAAGCUAGGAACCCUGGUAUCUAUUGUGCGCCAGCAUAUCCGUAAAUAUUUGGGGGAGUUGCUCUCUCUUAUAGCUGAACUGUGGUCUUCAUUCAGUUUGCCAGCUACUAACCGCCUUGUGCAUGGCUCUCCUAUUCUGCACCUGGUGGAACAACUUUGUCUGGCUCUCAAUGAUGAAUUCCGAACAUAUCUUCCUGAUAUUCUUCCCUGCUGUAUUCAAGUGUUGAUUGAUGCAGAACGGUGCAAUGAUUACACUUAUGUUCCUCAUAUUUUGCAUACCAUUGAAGUCUUUGGUGGAACUUUGGAUGAACACAUGCAUCUGCUUCUUCCUGCACUUAUACGUUUGUUUAAGGUGGAUGCUUCGGUGGAUAUACGACGUGCAGGAAUUAAGACUCUUACGAGGCUGAUCCCUCGUGUGCAGGUUACUGGUCACAUAUCAUCUCUUGUUCAUCACUUGAAGCUUGUCUUGGAUGGAAAGAAUGAUGAGCUUCGAAAGGAUGCUGUUGACUCCCUUUGCUGUUUGGCUCAUGCUCUUGGGGAGGAUUUUACCAUUUUCAUCCCAUCAAUCCACAAAUUAUUGUUGAAAUAUCGUUUGCGGCACAAGGAGUUUGAGGAAAUUGAAAGUCGGUUACAGAGACGUCAGCCACUCAUUUCAGGGAGUAUCCCUGCACAAAAAUUGACUCGUCGGCAUCCUGUUGAUGUUAUUAGUGAUCCCUUAAAUGAUGUAGACCAUGACCCAUACGAGGAAGGGUCUGAGAUUCACAAGCAACUCAGAAGCCACCAGGUUAAUGAUGGUCGACUGCGGACUGCUGGGGAGGCCUCUCAGCGCAGUACUAAGGAAGAUUGGGCAGAAUGGAUGAGGCAUUUUAGCAUUGAGCUUCUCAAGGAAUCUCCUUCCCCAGCAUUACGAACUUGUGCAAGGCUUGCACAAUUGCAGCCUUUUGUUGGGCGGGAGUUGUUCGCCGCUGGUUUUGUUAGUUGUUGGUCACAACUGAAUGAAAGUAAUCAGCAACAGCUAGUUCGGAGUUUAGAGAUGGCAUUUUCUUCUCCAAAUAUUCCUCCAGAAAUUCUAGCAACACUGCUUAAUUUGGCAGAGUUUAUGGAACAUGAUGAGAAACCUCUACCCAUAGAUAUUCGACUGCUUGGUGCUCUUGCAGAAAAAUGUCGAGCAUUUGCAAAGGCUCUGCAUUACAAAGAAAUGGAGUUUGAAGGUGCUCGCUCCAAAAAGAUGGAUGCAAAUCCAGUUGCUGUGGUGGAAGCUCUUAUACACAUAAAUAAUCAAUUGCACCAGCAUGAGGCAGCAGUUGGGAUACUGACAUAUGCCCAGCAACAUUUGGAUGUUCAACUGAAGGAGUCGUGGUAUGAAAAACUGCAGCGAUGGGACGAUGCUCUAAAGGCAUACACUGUUAAAGCGUCUCAAGCGACGACUCCACAUCUUGUUUUGGAUGCUACAUUAGGGAGAAUGCGAUGUCUUGCUGCAUUGGCUCGUUGGGAAGAGUUUAACAAUCUUUGCAAGGAAUUUUGGACCCCUGCUGAGCCUGCAGCUCGACUGGAAAUGGCCCCAAUGGCUGCUUGUGCUGCUUGGAACAUGGGGGAGUGGGAUCAAAUGGCUGAGUAUGUUUCUCGUCUUGAUGAUGGUGAUGAGACCAAGCUUCGAAUUCUGGGGAACACUGCUGCCACUGGUGAUGGAAGUAGCAAUGGUACUUUCUUCAGGGCUGUUCUGUUAGUUCGGCGUGGAAAGUAUGAUGAAGCACGAGAGUUUGUAGAGAGAGCAAGGAAGUGUUUGGCAACGGAGCUUGCAGCGCUGGUUCUUGAAAGCUAUGAGCGUGCUUAUAGCAAUAUGGUCCGUGUUCAGCAGCUGUCUGAAUUGGAAGAGGUCAUCGAUUACUGUACCCUUCCAAUGGGUAGCUCUGUUGCCGAGGGGAGGCGAGCUCUCAUUCGUAAUAUGUGGACUGAACGCAUACAAGGAGCAAAGCGGAAUGUGGAGGUUUGGCAAGCACUUCUAGCAGUUCGAGCUCUUGUGCUUCCUCCUACAGAAGAUGUAGAAACCUGGCUCAAGUUUUCUUCUCUCUGUCGAAAAAAUGGUCGGAUCAGUCAGGCUCGUUCAACUUUGAUCAAACUUUUACAGUAUGAUCCUGAAACUUGUCCGGAUUCACUUUAUUGUGGGCCACCUCAAGUGAUGUUUGCGUACUUGAAAUACCAGUGGUCUCUUGGUGAAGAUCUGAAGAGAAAAGAAGCAUUUGUUAGGCUGCAGGACUUGGCCAGAGAGCUUUCUACUGUGCUAAACAUUUCAUUAGGGACAUCAAAUGGCUUAGUUAGUUCCUCAAGCCCAGGUGUUCCCCUACUUGCCCGUGUCUAUCUGGAGCUUGGGAGUUGGCAGUGGGCACUUUCUCCUGGAUUGGAUGAUGAUUCCAUACAAGAUAUCCUUAUGGCAUUCCGGAAGGCCACACAGUGUGCAAAAGAAUGGGCAAAAGCAUGGCAUACAUGGGCCCUAUUCAAUACUGCAGUGAUGUCUAAUUACACUUUAAGAGGCUACCCUGCUAUUACAGGGCAAUAUGUUGUAGCAGCAGUUACUGGAUAUUUUCAUUCGAUAGCAUGUGCGGCAACUUCUAAAGGUGUAGAUGAUAGUUUACAGGAUAUUCUUCGACUUCUUACAUUGUGGUUCAACCAUGGAGCUACCACUGAAGUUCAAAUGGCUCUGCAGAAAGGGUUUUCUCAUGUUAAUAUCGACACUUGGCUUGUUGUUUUACCUCAAAUAAUUGCCAGGAUACAUUCAAAUAACCACGCUGUGCGUGAACUGAUACAAUCUCUCUUAGUGCGGAUAGGACGUGCACAUCCACAGGCUCUUAUGUACCCUCUUCUUGUGGCAUGCAAAUCAAUAAGCAAGUUGCGUAAGUUUGCAGCUCAAGAAGUGGUUGAUAAAGUUAGGCAGCAUAGUGGCACACUUGUAGAUCAGGCACAACUUGUGUCAAAGGAGUUGAUCAGGGUUGCAAUAUUGUGGCAUGAAAUGUGGCAUGAGGCAUUAGAAGAAGCUAGCAGGUUGUAUUUUGGUGAACAUAACAUUGAGGCAAUGCUCAAGGUGUUGGAGCCAUUGCAUGAAAUGCUCGAGGAAGGGGCUAGCAGGGGGGAUACCACACUAAAGGAAACUGCCUUCAUUCAGGCAUAUGGUCGUGAGUUACAAGAGGCUUAUGAAUGCUGCCAGAAGUAUAAGAGAACUGGAAAAGAUGCUGAACUUACUCAGGCUUGGGAUCUUUACUAUCAUGUAUUCAGACGCAUAGACAAGCAGCUUCCUAGCCUUACUACGCUGGAUUUACAGUCUGUUUCCCCAGAGUUAUUAAAUUGUCGCAAUCUAGAGCUUGCUGUACCUGGGACUUACCGAGCUGGAUCACCUGUGGUUACAAUUGCUUCAUUUGCAGCACAGCUUGUUGUCAUAACAUCUAAACAGAGACCUCGAAAAUUGACAAUUCACGGAAGUGAUGCGGAGGACUAUGCUUUCUUGUUGAAGGGACAUGAAGAUUUGCGUCAAGAUGAGCGUGUCAUGCAGCUUUUUGGGCUGGUGAAUACUCUGCUGGAGAACUCGAGGAAAACUGCUGAAAAGGAUCUUUCCAUUCAACGAUAUGCUGUCAUUCCAUUAUCUCCAAACAGUGGCUUAAUUGGAUGGGUUCCAAACUGUGACACCUUGCACCAUCUUAUCCGUGAAUACAGGGAUGCUAGAAAGAUCACAUUAAAUCAAGAGCACAAACUUAUGCUGGCUUUUGCACCGGAUUAUGACCACUUGCCACUCAUAGCUAAAGUGGAAGUAUUUGAGCAUGCUCUGGCAAAUACUGAAGGAAAUGAUUUGUCAAGGGUUCUAUGGUUAAAAAGUCGUACAUCAGAGGUCUGGCUGGACCGGAGGACAAAUUAUACUAGAAGUUUGGCUGUUAUGAGUAUGGUUGGUUACCUUCUUGGGUUGGGGGAUCGGCAUCCAAGUAAUCUUAUGCUGCAUCGCUAUAGUGGGAAGAUCUUGCAUAUUGAUUUUGGAGACUGCUUUGAAGCUUCAAUGAACAGGGAAAAGUUUCCAGAAAAGGUUCCCUUCCGUUUGACUAGAAUGCUUGUGAAAGCUAUGGAGGUUAGUGGCAUUGAGGGCAACUUCCGUUCAACUUGUGAGAAUGUGAUGCAAGUCCUCCGAACAAAUAAGGAUAGUGUGAUGGCUAUGAUGGAGGCCUUCGUACAUGAUCCUCUCAUUAAUUGGCGACUUUUCAAUUUCAAUGAAGUUCCUCAAAUGGCAAAUUAUGCAAGUACUCAUGUUCAGCCAGUUGUGAAUAGUGAAGAAUCUGCAACAAGUAGAGAACAACUUCCUCAACCUCAGCGGGGUGUUCGUGAGAGAGAACUUCUUCAGGCUGUAAAUCAACUUGGUGAUGCCAAUGAGGUUCUAAAUGAGCGUGCUGUGGUUGUUAUGGCUCGUAUGAGUAAUAAACUUACAGGACGUGACUUUUCAACUAGUUCUUCAGUGUCAGGAUCUACCAGCGCUGUCCAACACACAGUAGAUCACAGUACCUUGAUUUCGGGAGAUACUCGUGAAGUGGACCAUGGUUUAUCUGUAAAACUGCAGGUUCAGAAGUUGAUUCUCCAAGCUACGUCGCAUGAGAAUCUCUGUCAAAACUAUGUUGGGUGGUGUCCAUUUUGGUGAGCAGCCGCAAAUUUGUAAAUAUAUGAUGUGUAUGAAGUGUACAGAGUUUCGCAGCUAUUGUAAUUAUGUAUGAGAAUGAUGUGCAUGUACAGAUUAGUCUUUAGAGCAAAGGAAAUUAUAAUUUGUAUUAGGGGCUCUCCUGAAUUCACUAUCAGUUUUUUCUGUUGUAAGUAGUGAAAUGAUAAAAAGCUGUUGAUAUGUUCUUUGAGAAACAAAAUGAAUAAAGCCAUAUUUACCUUG